GCCACGCAGCGAAUACAGCUACAGCUAUAGCCGCAGCCGCGACAGCCGCAGCCGCAGCCGGCGUAGCGGUCACAGCAGCAGAAGUCGAAGUCGAGGGAAGAAGGAGAAAAGCAAGAAGGACAAGAAGGAAAAAAAGGAUAAGAAGGAGAAGAAAGAGAAGGAGAAAAAGGAGAAGGAGAAGGAAAAGAAGGAAAAGAAAGAAAAAGCAAAAGCCGACCCGGCGGUGCUUGCUUUUGAGCCACCUCUGUUGGGUGACGUUGUGCGCAGCAGGAGAAAGAGAAAAAAGUAA